AUGAUUCUGCUUCUCUCUUAUGUUUGCCUCGCUAUUGCCUUCCAGCCCUUACAUCCUAAUGUCUCGAGUCGUGAUGCCAAAGGACUUGUGAAGGACGGAUAUCUCCAAGACCCAAGAACUGCAACGGAACAAGCGUUGUAUAGGAAUACCAACUCCAGAAGUAUCGAACGCGAGCGCCUAUCGUUCAUCACAUUCCCGGGAGCGGCACCCCGCGGUAGCAACUGUUGGCAAACCCAAUCAUUGUCCCAAAUCAGUCGAGAGCUAAUCAGCUAUGUAUAUCAGGAGCAUGAGAUCGUUUCAUCCCCACCAGCUGCUGACCUGGCCAACAAUGUCAUUUCAGCAAGUUGCUGCGUGGGCCUGGGGUCGCUCUAUUCACUGGCUAGUAAGACUCUGCUCAGAGCCACCAUGGAAGGGACAGAUUCUCAGCCAAUCAAACCAGCGGCUAUAUCUACAGUGUCCAGCGCACUCGGAAGGUUAGCAUCAACUACAAAGCUACUGAACUCGGUUGUCUCUAUUUCAUCACUCAGUGGACAUGCUACAUCCGCGUCUUCUCAAACGGCCCGGGAUCCUAAGGCUUCAACUGCUUUGGCCAUGCUGGCUACUGUAGCAGAGGCAAAUGCUCACUCAACAGAAACCCCUGAUAAGGAGGCAGGGAAAGCUGCUACCCCAUCCACAACAUUCCAUAUUACAUCAUCCACCACUACCAACGACAUCGGUGCCACACCGAAGGCAACCUCUUCUCCAACCCAGACAGCUACUACAGAGAACGUCGGUUGGGGCAGCAUGAUUGAGUCUAGCUUCAAGACUACGAUCUAUUGUUCUUUCACCGAGCGGUGUGGUCAUCCAGAUAUUUCCUCGCCCUCUCUCCAAUCGGCCUGCGAGGCUCUUGUUAAAGAUGGGUGCGCCAACCCAUAUGUUGGGAGCGACUUUUUUGGCGGAGUGGAAUUCACUGCCAACAACAAAUUAGCCUCCUGUAUGGAUUCAGCACCUUUGACAGUCGAGGGCUGCCAGGAAGGGCUCAGACGUGCAGCAAGCUAUGUUGACAGCCAAGUAGCAUUAAAAGGUGACCGGGCGUGUGGAGACUUUGUAAAUAUAGCAAAUGCGAAUGGCGACAAGGCGGGGGCUAUUAUACAUAAUGGUGCCCACGGGAUCAUCGAGGAUUAA